CAAACGUUGUACUUGAAAAUCCUGGCUUGUCUUCAGUCAUUUGUCUGGUGGUGGUGGUGGUGUGGCGUUAGCUGUGGAUAAUUCCUAAAAGAUUGACGCUUCUCGGCUGGCAACGAUGAGCUCGCCGCCGUCCCGAUUGCCGCCUUCACUGGCGCCCGUCGCGCGUGAGGCCCUCGAGCACGCCCACCAUUCGUCUGGCUUGCAUGCGGCGUCCCAUCACCCGACUGCUCGCGACCGGCCUGCUCCUGCUUCUGCUGCUGAACCGGUCACCAAACACUCGAGCUCGCCAGCAGCCAGUCUCUCGCGUGCCGUGGUCGAAAGCCAACACGCGCUGCAUCACCAACAACAGCAACAACACACACCAUCCUCGAGCAGCCAGAAUCAGACCCCGGCGCGAACGGAGGCGAGACGACCGUCACAGUCACACGAAGUGAUGACCCACCUCGCCCACCCAGCGAAUGCCGCGAGCAGCGGACCAAAUCCUCACCGCUCAGGCAGUCUAGCACCACCACAGUCAAAGAGCACUCAUGCUAGUUCGUGGGCGGCCCGGAAGGACGAGCCAAACGAGCCAUCCGCUGAGCGCGUCGCCGUUUCCAAGUCCGCCAUGGCCGUCAUGGAAAGCUUCAAUCGGUUUUUGGCCGACGCCAAGCCGCCGUCGCCGUCACCGUCGUCGUCGCCCCUCUCGCAUUCGCUGCGUGCGGGCGGGUCACGGUCUUCAACCGCAUCAGUGCAGAGACCCCUACAACAGGGGCCUUUCAGUCGUGGGAAAGAUCAGGGCUAUCCACCCGGCUACCAAAUCGAGCUCGCGUCGCGGCUAGACUUUGCGCAACGGCACGCUGAUCAGAUCAAGACAUUUAAAAAGCUGUCGUACGUCGUGUCUUCGGUGCUUCCGCCGCCAGCACGAGCCUCUCUGCCUGGACAGCGCGCCCAGCACAAUCCGGAUGCCAAAAUGGAUUUCCGACUUGCACCGUGUCCGACGUGCACGCAACCCACCGCCAUCCAUGACUUUUACUGUCCAUCUUGUGUGAAAGAGCGAAUUGCGGUUCUCGAAUCACGGACAGAAACUGUUCGAAGGGAGGUGGAUGGGAUGCUCGAUCAAAUUGAUGAACACAGCGAGGCGCUGCUGCGGAGAUGGAACAACCGGCAAGCAACGCGACUUCAACGGGCUCGAAACGAGAUGCUGCUCAAGCAGAAGGCCUGGCUUGAAGCACAAGUCAAAGACACCAAAGGGAAAUGCCUUCGGUUGCAAAAGAGUACACAACAAAAGAGAGCCAUGUUGGCAGCGGCUCGAGCACGGUUUGCUGCCUUGCAGGCCGACACGAGCCCGUGCAAUCGCCAGUCGUAUUGCUUCUCAACCGUUCAAGAGUUGCUGAUGGCUGUGCAACGGCACCCCAAACCCGAGGCGGCUCGCCAAAAGCGGCUCGACCUUCUCGCACACUUGCAGAAUGAGGCGAGAACCAAACUGCAAAAAUUGGUCAACGACCGAAUGCUCCUCUUCCCUGUCUUUCCGACGAGCGAAAUACACUGCUCCAUUCAAAAGGUUGAGCUGCCGAACGACGGCGUUUAUCGAAAUUUGCCUCCGGAGGAGCUGGGCGGAGCUCUCAGCUUUGUGCUCGACGCUAUUCGAUUUUGUGCGUUCGAACUCGACACUCCACUCCCUGCCUACUUUAAACCCUUACCCACCACACCGGAUGGGCAUCGCAUGGUCCAUAUCGAGAGGCGGUACUCCAUAUCAUGCGAGACUACGUGGAGUCGAUCGCAGGACCUAGAGAAGCUUGACUUGAUCAAUCGCCAAAUAGCCAUCCUCUGUUUCGCGCAAGGGAUUCGUGUCACUGACGACGCUUUGCGGCGAACAUUGCCCAAUUUGAUUCGGCUGCUCAGCUCUCUGGCUCGGGCCGAGCCAAGUCGCUGGGAUCAAAUCAAAUUCUCGCAUGAUCCACCAACGCCGCGAGAGAACGAGGUGAACCAUGACGACCAAGAAAACGAGUGGGAGCACAUUGAUCGUCGCGAGACGUAUUUCGAUCAGGCAAUGACGAAAGAGGACGUCGACAACAUGGAUGAGUGGACAAUCACCAAUUUGCGCGACGACGACGCGGAUGGGUUGGCUGUUUGAAGUUGAGUCAACCAUCAUCAGUCGAGCCCUAUCAACCGACGCAAGCCUGCUCAAGGACAUCAAGGUGCAGCGAUUGUGGCUUGCACACACCUUGGAGUUCUGUUGUUGGUUUGUGUUAUCGUUUUCUUUUUCGCAGAAUACAUGACUGUACAGUUGGCCA